AUGUGGGUUGAGGCAAUGCAGGCCGAGAGCUCAGAUUUAGAAUCUCACCUGGCAGCACUAGCAGCUAAGGAACAUUGGCACAUUCACCAGAUGGAUCUGUCUAAUGCCUUCUUCGAGGGUGAUUUGUUUGAUGAGGUCUAUGUGAAUCUUCCCAUUGGCUUUCAACCUCCAAAGGGAUUUACUGUAGAGUAUGAUGAAUUAAGUGGAACAAGAAAGGAUGACAAGCUACUUACUAAUCCAACAUUGUAUAUGAGGUUGAUUGGGAAACUAUUGUAUCUAAAUGUCACUAGACCAGACAUAUCUUUUGCCACACAGACUUUGAGCCAGUUUCUACAUCAACCUAAACAAUCACAUCUAAAUGAUGCUCUCAAGGUGGUGAGAUACAUUAAGAGUCAGACAGGGCUAGGUGUCCUACUGUCCAGUAAAAGCAGUAAACAAUUGCAAGUCUAUUGUGACUCGGACUGGGGAGCUUGCCUACACACAAGAAGAUCAGUUACAGGUUUUAUGGUCAAACUGGGAGGCUCACUGAUAUCUUGGAAAUCUAAGAAGCAAGGAACUAUUUCUAGAAGUUUAGAUGAGCCUGAAUACAAGAGUAUGGCAAGUGCAGUAGUUGAAGUAGUGUGGCUGGUGAAACUAUUCAAAGAACUUGGAGCAGAAGUACUCACACCAGUUAUCAUCUAUAGUGACAGUAAAUCUGCUAUUCAAAUAACUUCCAACCCAGUUCUACAUGAAAGAACAAAAAAAUAUAUUGAGUAG